AUGCCGAUUCUAAGGAGCAGCUUGGGGUCCGCGGACCACACGACUGCAAACGAGCUUUCUAGCCUGCACGAAACCAUAUUUUCCAGUGAAACACUGCCUUCUGACAUCAGUUCGACAGAGGUGGUUGUGAAGAGCGGGUAUCAAGACCCCCUGUACCUCAGUGCCGCCCAGAUUUUCCAAAGCGUCCGUAAUGAAAAACCACACGAUAAAAUCCUGGUGAAAUACGGAACCGGGCCAUUGCCAUCCCUUCCGGAUUUGAAAGACGAAGAAUUUCAGCGUUUGUCCUACGAACUGGCAUUCAACGCUCUAAAAUAUCAAGAAGUUUUGGAAUACAUGUUGAUAGACAGCGGCGUUUACCCCUUGCAAUCAAUAUCAGAUGACCUGACCAGCUUAGUCGUGGUGAUGCUCUAUGACCUCCAGGACCGGAAGUUUGAACCUCGCUCGAUUCCCGAGGAUGAAGAAACUGUAGCGGAAGUUCAAGAAGUGGAGCAUUAUCUCUGCAGUUUUAAGACCAAGCUGGCAGCUGCGUUGGCGAGGUGCCGGAUCAAACACGACGCUCUCACCAUCGAGCAUAUCCUGCCGGAAACGAUUCGGAGGCAAGAGCAGAGGGCUUCCACCUUGCCGCUCUACGCCUGGGUGAACACCUUGAAAGUCAGCCUGGAAGAAGUUCACGGCUUCUUAAAGAAAGAAGGCUUCACGAAAGUACAGUCCAUCUCCGAUUUUGACGGUUGUUCGUACUGCCAGGACAAACACUGCGAGGAUGGACUCAUUUUCCCGUCUUCCCUUAAAGAAAACCUGCUGACCUUGGAACUCUACACCGAGCACAAGCUCCUCUUGCAAGAUAACUCCCGGACCCUGGCGGUACAUUCGGUGAAAGCCCUGCUGAAUAUGGACGACGAUAUUUUAAUUGCACAAAUGGGUUCCUGGCUCACUGUGGCCCACAUGUCAGUGCUGACCAAUCAGGACACUUCCCGGGUGUUUGUGUGCGGAGUGAAGUCUGCGGCCCGAGAAGCGGAAUUGAAGGAUCUCUUCGCAUGUAUGGAGUGUAAAAAUAUCGAGCUGCUUCAUGAAGAUUUUGCCGACAUCGAACCCACGUUUCCCAAGCUGCAGAAAGUGAAAGUGAUUUUGCUCCUGCCUCGCUGUUCCGGCCUGGGGGUCAGCAAUCCGAUCGAAUUUAUUUUAAAAGAGCACGAAGAUGCAGAAUUGCUUCGGGAUCUCUCCCAAGGAUCGGUCGCCGAAGACAAGCUAAGCACCCUUGCUCAACAGCAGCUGAAGGAGCUGACCCACGCAAUGCAGUUUGUUAAAGUCCAGGCUCUGGUCUACUGUACCUGCUCCUUGUACCCGGAAGAAAACGAAGUCGUCGUGAACAAGGCCUUGGCGUCCGGAGCGGAAGGAGCAAAGGCCCAGCCGUACAAGCUCUGUCCGCCUGUUCUUCCUUUGUGUUCCAAGUCGGAGGUCAACGUAUCUGAACAGAGGUUCUUCCGGAUGGAGCCCUCCGAUAUUUCCAAUAGCUGUUUUAUUGCUGUCUUAAGCCGAGAGCGCGACCCGUCCGAAUCGGUGACUGUGAAAGACGUUUUGGCCCGUGCUGCGGCGAAAGGCCUACUGGACGGGAUCGACCUGGCGAAGCCGUCAAAGAGAGAAGAGAAAAAGAAGAAGAAACACCGAGCUGCCCCGUCGAAGAACCCAAUCAAAGAGGCAGUGAUGCAAUCCCGGAUCCAGGAGUUCCUGGAACGAGAAAUGAAAUCCGGAACGAUGGAGUCUCCUGGAUCGAAGGUGGCUCCCAGCAGCUCUCAGGUGUUGAACCAAACCAGCGAGCCCGUAACGUUGAAGAAAGCCGCCAACCCAAUUUCGAACUCGUCUCUUCCCGUGAUGGCCAAGAACAACCUCGCCACCACCUCCAGCAUGCAAAAAGUCUUGGAGAAACAGAGGAACGUCGGGAAAUCCAGGAACGACGACCGAGUCAUGAUUUUGAAGCCUGUUGAGAUUGUCCUGCCCCCGGUGAUGAUGCCGUAUUUUAACCCCCAAGGGAACAGGGCCCAGAUUUCGACGAGCCACUGUUACUAUCGUUGGAUCGGGGCAAAACACGGGUCGCUUAGCCCUUCGGCAUCUAAACGACUGAUUAAAUCCAAAGAGCCACCCCCGUCUACGGGGACCAAACAUUCUCGCCCGUGGCUUUGAAGUGGGCGCCAUCUUGGUUUGUUUCGGUUUUUGUUUCCCUCCCCCUCUCCCCCCCUCCUCCUAGAAUUUGAGACUGAUGUUCGUCGAACCGCCAAGCUCCUGAAUAUCGUUUGCGCCCUAAAGUGCUUUUGGAAAGAAAUCGAAACGUGGAUCUCUUUGGACGUUAUUGCAGACGAGCGGAUUUGCAAAGGUGUUGUUUUUUUUAAAAAUUAUGAUGGUGAUGUCAUGCUUGCAUCCACGUCAAAAAAAAAAAAAGCACACUUAUGGCUUACGCAGAUCAUUGGAGGGAACUUAAUAAAGUUUGAUGCGGGCUAGAGCUAACGAGUUGUUAAGCCACUGCGGACCGGAACGGAUUCGAAGCGGCUGAAUUUGUAAGGCGAACCGUUCACUCGUGAAUGAAAACCGGGGGGUGGUGGUGGUGGGGGCUACAAUGUGGAGAAAAGGAGGGUUCGUUUUUAUCCCCGAUGUAUUUCAGAUCAUUUUUUUUUCCUUGGGAAUUGAGACUGUGUUCCCCGUUUCCGAUUUUAGAAGACCCCCAACUGCCCUUCAGCGUGAUCCUUGUAGAUGUCCACUUGUUUAAAAGCCCACUCUUAAGAAAGUACAGCACUUUCGAAACUAGGUUGGAAAGAGAAAUCCCAACGACAAAUAAAGUUAAAACAUUCGGGCAAGUGGCCUUUUUUUUUUUCUGGCGUUGGCGUCACAAUUCGCAUGCUUUCCUUUGGCUUCCAGGUGAAACCAGCCUUUGCUAGCAACUCAAUAGAAAAUCAUCAAGUUAUUAUGCCGUAUGGUCAACUGGAAACACAGCAUAUUAAACAAUUCCUGAUUAA